AAGAGGGUGAGACGGGAAGCAGAGUGAAACAUCAUUACCGUGGACCAAAAGAAACUAGAGGAAGAAAAAAAGAGGAGAGAGAUUGAGAACCAUGAGAGAGGAAGAAUCAAAACAACAGCAACGAAAAUGAGCAACAGAGGUGGAGGGAUGUUGGGCAACCAUCAUCUCCAACAACAACAACAACACCACCAUCAUCAACAGCAACAACAACAACAUCAACAACAACACUCCAACAACAGCAGCAGCAGCAGCAGCAACAAACCAGAAUGGCUGCAACAGUACGAUCUGAUCGGCAAAAUUGGGGAAGGAACUUAUGGGUUGGUGUUCUUAGCCCGCGUAAAACCCCCUUCUCCUCAUCGCGGCAAAUCAAUUGCUAUUAAGAAGUUUAAGCAGUCUAAAGAUGGUGAUGGCAUCUCUCCUACCGCCAUUCGUGAAAUCAUGCUGCUGCGAGAGAUUUCUCAUGAGAAUGUGGUUAAGCUCGUGAAUGUACACAUUAAUCCUGCAGACAUGUCAUUGUAUUUGGCCUUUGAUUAUGCCGAGCAUGAUCUAUAUGAGAUCAUUAGAUAUCAUAGAGAUAAGGUAAAUCAACCACUCAAUCAGUACACAGUAAAGUCAUUGCUCUGGCAGCUGCUGAAUGGGCUAAAUUAUCUACACAGUAAUUGGAUUAUCCAUCGAGAUCUUAAACCAUCUAACAUCUUGGUUAUGGGUGACGGAGAAGAGCAGGGGGUUGUUAAAAUUGCUGAUUUUGGAUUAGCAAGAGUAUACCAAGCUCCUCUAAAGCAAUUGUCUGACAAUGGGGUUGUGGUGACGAUUUGGUAUCGAGCUCCUGAGUUGCUGCUCGGGGCAAAACACUACACUAGUGCUGUUGAUAUGUGGGCCGUUGGAUGCAUAUUUGCCGAGCUUCUUACUUUGAAGCCAUUGUUUCAAGGUGCAGAAGUUAAAGGCACACCAAAUCAUUUUCAGCUGGAUCAACUUGACAAAAUAUUCAAGGUCUUAGGUCAUCCGACACCAGAUAAAUGGCCUAUACUUGUGAAUCUUCCUCAUUGGCAACAGGAUACGCAGCAUAUUCAAGGGCAUAAAUACGACAACCCUGGUCUUUAUAGUGUUGUCCAUCUCUCUCCCAAAACUCCUGCUUACGACCUGCUGUCCAGAAUGCUCGAGUACGAUCCUCGCAAGCGAUUAACAGCUGCACAAGCACUUGACCACGAGUACUUCAAGAUGGAGCCCUUGCCAGGUCGCAAUGCAUUUGUACCUCUCCGACCCGAUGAGAAAGUUGUCAAUUAUCCUGCUCGGCCAGUGGACAGUAAUACUCAUUUCGAAGGAACAGCAACUAUUCAACAGCCUCAACAGGCUCCACCUUCAAAUGCAGUUGCUGGUAAUAUGCAAGGCUCCCAUAUUGUUCCAAAUAGAAAUGUACCACGGCAAAUGAAUAUGGUUGGUAUGCAAAGAGUGCAGCCUCAAGGCAUAGCACCUUAUAACAUCUCUGCUCAGGCUGGAAUGGGUGGUGGAAUGAACCCUGGAGGCAUCCCUAUGCAACGAGGUGUGGCUGCUCAAGCUCACCCACAGCAACAGCUGAGAAGAAAGGAUCCUGGAAUGUUGCCUGGCUAUCCUCCACAGCAGAAAUCGAGAAGGUUUUGAGUUAUAUGCCAGAAGUAGGUUAAUGUUUGUUUCGAACAACUUGAAUGGUUACACGACUCCUUCAUCACUUAGUAGUAGUGACUACUAAAUAGAAUGCCAAAAAAAGAGAGAGUCAAAUUUAACCGUGGGACCAAGAGAGCUUGAUCACCAUGCUUUAAGAGAUGAAAUUGGCUCAGUUCUCUGCAAUAUGAAAGAUGUAUCCUUGACUUUCCUGCUCGGAGGCACAGCAAAAUGACGGCCUUAGCCCUGGAGUGUAUUGACUAUAGUUGGAGAAAAAUCCAUGAAAUGGCGGGAGAUUCAGUUGAUCGUUGUUUAAGCCCUUCUGGUUGUAACGUUAGUUGCCUGCCAUCUUUUUUAACUUAUUUCAGAUCUGCGCCAGCGCUUUGGUAUAGUUAUUUGUAUGUAUUUUGUACAUGCCCCCUUCUCCCUAAUCAUAUUUAUUUAUAUAUAAAGAAGAUAAAUCUUGUAAUUUAAGCAUCAUGAUCCAUGAUAUGCAUCUAUUUUUCCAUUGCUAAA